GCGCCGGGAGCCGCCGGGAGCGGCGCGGGCACGGGGAGCGGCAGGGCCGGGAGAGGCAGCGGGCAGGGAAGGACACAUUUUGUGUGGUGCUCUUUUAGCCACUUACCUGAUUUGAGUUUCUACAGUGACCAGCAGCGAAGGGAAAAUAUUUUAUCAUGUCGGAGUUCUGGCUAAUUUCUGCCCCAGGAGACAAAACAAAUCUGCAGGCAUGGGAGAGAAUGAACACUGUGACAUCUAAAUCCAACUUGUCCAGCAACAGUAAAUUCCAUAUUCCAGACUUAAAGGUGGGGACACUGGAUGCUCUUGUUGGUCUGUCAGAUGAGUUGGGAAAACUUGAUACCUUUGCUGAAAGUGUAAUAAAGAAAAUAGCCCAGUACAUAGGAGAAGUUAUGGAGGACUCAAAAGACAAAGUCCAGGAAAAUCUUCUGGCCAAUGGAGUUGACCUCAUUAGCUACCUGACACGGUUUGAGUGGGACAUGGCCAAAUACCCCAUAAAGCAGCCACUGAAGAAUAUAUCAGAAGCAUUAUCAAAGCAAGUGACUCAAAUAGAAGCAGACCUGAAGACCCGAUCAGCUGCGUACAAUAACAUUAAAGGAAAUUUGCAAAGCCUGGAGAAGAAAACGAUGGGAAAUCUUCUGACCCGGACCCUGGCAGACAUCGUGCACAAAGAAGACUUUGUUCUCAACUCUGAGUACCUUAUCACGCUGCUCGUCGUGGUGCCAAAGUCAAGCUAUGUACAGUGGCAGAAGACCUAUGAAUCACUCUCAGAUAUGGUAGUACCUCGCUCCACCAAAAUGAUUGCUGAGGAUGCAGAGGGAGGACUCUUCACUGUGACCCUAUUUAGAAAAGUGAUGGAUGACUUUAAGGCUAAAGCCAGGGAGAACAGGUUCAUGGUUCGAGAAUUUUAUUAUGAUGAGAAGGAACUGAAAUGUGAAAAGGAAGAGCUGAUGAAAUUAGCUUCUGACAAGAAGCAACAAUAUGGCCCCUUACUGCGCUGGCUGAAGGUGAAUUUCAGUGAAGCAUUUGUGGCUUGGAUUCACGUGAAAGCCUUGAGAGUUUUUGUUGAAUCUGUCCUCAGGUAUGGCCUCCCUGUGAAUUUCCAAGCAAUGCUGCUGCAGCCAAACAGGAAGUCUGUGAAGCGCCUGAGAGAUGUCCUGAACGUGGUCUUCAAGCACCUGGAUGAAGUUGCAGCAGCAAGUAUAAUGGAUCCUGGCAUGGACAUCCCUGGGUUACAACUGAGCAAUCAAGAAUACUAUCCUUAUGUCUAUUUCAAGAUUGACCUCAGUCUUCUUGACUGCAGUUAAAGAAGAAUUGCUCAAGCUUCAUCUAUUAAGUUUCAAGACUGUCAUGUUACUGUAAAACAAUCUUUAGCUGCUGAAAGUCAAAUUAAAAUGCAACUACUGUAGCAGGAUGAGCUUCCUACCACUUCUAGUAAUUUUUAGUGACUACAGUAAAAGUUCUCUCUUAUUCAUAGUUUUACAAAAACAUAUUUCAGAGGCAGAGGUACUAUGGUAGUAUUUAUUUUUUUGGUAAAUUACAAAGAUGGAAUAUCUACUGGACUUGAAAUAAAGCAAAUUAAAAAGUAUGGUGGCUAACGGA